GCUAUUGUGGUGACAGAUGGAGAGAGGAUUCUUGGUUUAGGAGAUCUAGGAAGUUACGGGAUGGGUAUUCCAGUCGGGAAGCUUGCUUUGUACACAGCUUGUGGCGGAGUUCACCCACAACAGUGUCUCCCUGUCCUGCUGGAUGUUGGCACAGACAAUGAGGCUCUCCUGAGUGAUCCACUCUAUAUUGGACUGAAACACAAGAGGGUUCGUGGGAAACAGUACGACGAACUGAUUGAUGAGUUUAUGCAGGCAGUGACCAACAAGUAUGGCAUGAACUGUCUCAUCCAGUUUGAAGAUUUUGCCAAUGCUAACGCUUUUCGUCUCCUCAGUAAAUACCGCAACAGAUACUGUGUGUUCAAUGAUGAUAUCCAGGGCACUGCGUCUGUUGCAGUCGCUGGCAUCUUUGCAGCCUUAAGGAUCACAAAGAACAAGCUCUCUGACCACAAGUUUGUUUUCCAGGGAGCUGGAGAGGCUGCAACGGGCAUAGCUUACCUCCUGCUCAUGGCCAUGGAAAAGGAAGGAAUUCCACGAGAGGAUGCCAUCAGAAAAAUCUGGAUGGUGGACUCCAAGGGACUGAUUGUCAAGGGCAGGAGCCACCUGAACCAUGAGAAAGAAAUGUUUGCUCAGGACCACCCCAGUGUGAACACACUGGAAGAGGUUGUGCAGAAAGUGAAGCCUACAGCAAUUAUAGGUGCUGCAGCCGUUGCAGGAGCCUUCACUGAGAAGCUGCUGAAGGACAUGGCAGCCUUCAAUGAGAGGCCCAUUGUGUUUGCCCUGAGCAACCCCACCAGCAAAGCAGAGUGCACAGCAGAGCAGUGCUACCGCCUCACCGAGGGACGGGGGAUAUUUGCAAGUGGGAGUCCAUUCUCCAAGGUGACCCUGCCCAAUGGACAGACCUUCUUCCCUGGCCAAGGAAACAACGCCUAUGUCUUCCCAGGAGUGGCACUGGGAGUCACUGCCUGCGGCAUCCGGCACAUCUCUGACGAGAUCUUCCUCAUCACAGCAGAGUCUAUUGCUGCCGAGGUGACAGAGCAGAAUCUUGCAGAAGGAAGACUCUAUCCCCCCUUGGACACCAUCAGAGAGGUGUCUCUCAAAAUCGCUGUGAAAAUUGUGGACUGGGCCUACAAGCAUGGUCUUGCUUCUUGGUACCCGGAGCCAGCAGACAAGGAAGCCUUUGUGAAACAGCUCGUGUACAGUCCUGAAUACGAUUCCUUUGUGGGGGAUGAGUACAGGUGGCCCCCCGCAGCCAUGCAGACACAAGACAUCUAAGCUUUUGUGAUAACUCUUGUCUCAUUUUUGCCAUCAGUUCUCAUGGUUCAUAUCAUUGUUGAUACAAAUGCACCUCCAGGCUUGCAGAAUGAUAAAAGUAAAUGAAUCCAA